AUGCCAAAACAAUCAAAAUACAAUCAAUAUGACUAUAAGAAUCAUCUUCCACCAUCACCAGAGCCAGAACCAGAUGACCACAUCGCAGAUGAUGUCAAACAUUAUCUGGCCGAGGAUUGGGGAGGUGAUAUGACCAGCUUCCAACUAUCACAUGGAAUCAAACCUUGGGAUGUCGAUGCUUACACAAGAUCAUCUGAUCUGGUUGACAAAUAUAGAAAAUUUGACAAGUCGAUUCAAAAGAAUAAUAAUAAUAAUAAUAAUAAUAACUCUAGAAAGAAUAACAACAGAGAUAGUCCUGAACCAGUUUACAAACAAUCAGGUUAUGCUAUUGCAACUAGAAUAGAUGACAGUGAUGAUGACAACAACAACACCAAGGUAUACAGAACAGGUUAUCUUAGAGUUGUUCCUAAAGAUGAUGACGAUGACAACAAUGGCAGAGGUGGUGGUGGUGGUGGUGGUGGUGUAUACCGACAUGGCAAUAAUAAUAAUAAUUCAAGAUCUAAAGGGCCAUAUGACAGAGAAGGAGGUGGAUAUAGAGGUGGAAGAGGCGGUAGAGGUGGUGGUGGAUAUAGAGGUGGAAGAGGUGGUAGAGGUGGAGGUGGUGGAUACAGAGGAGGAGGAGGAGGAGGAAGAGGAAGAGGAGGUUAUAAUUAA